UCUUCGUUCCGGCGUCACUGGAGCAAACAUGGCUGCGGAGGGAGACGUCGAUUUGGACCUCGAAGCAGAGGAAAACUGCACUGGAAAACCGGUGGAAAAGCCUCGGAAACAUGACAGCGGAGCCGCUGACCUGGAGAGGGUCACGGACUACGCGGAGGAGAAGGAAAUCUCCAGUUCUGAUUUGGAAACGGCCAUGUCAGUGAUCGGAGACAGAAGAUCACGAGAACAGAAAGCCAAACAGGAGAGAGAAAAAGAGUUGGCCAAGGUGACCAUCAAGAAAGAAGACGUAGAGCUAAUUAUGUCUGAGAUGGAGAUUUCGCGGAUGGUGGCGGAGCGCAGCCUGAGGGAACACAUGGGGAACGUGGUGGAGGCUCUGGUGGCCCUGACCAACUGAACAAACUUUACCCACCGGCCUGCUUUGCUUCAAAUCAGUCGGACUGAGUGGUUUCACUCUUCUGGUGUACUAUACUCUCCUUUACCCCCCCUGGAAGUUUUUCCCUUUUUUUUUUUUU